AUGAAGGUGCAGGGUGUCCCCCUCUGGCUCCUGGGCAUCGCAUUUGUCCUGUGCUCAGGGCACCCCCGUGGUCUCAGGAGAUGUCCAAUCUCCAUGGACAUGCGCCACCUGCAAGAGAGUUUCCAAGACAUCCAAAGAGCCAUACAAGCCAAUGAUACCUUCCAAAACAUCACCAUCCUAUCUGCACUGGACAGCCUGCAGGGCAUUAAGAUGUUAGACGUGUGCUGCGUGACCAGGAGCCUCCUGGCAUUCUACAUGGACAAGGUGUUCAAGGACCACCAGGAGCCGGACCCGCACAUCUUGAGGCGAAUCAGCAGCAUUGCCAACUCCUUCCUCUACAUGCAGAAGACUGUGCAGCAGUGUCAGGUGCAGAGACAGUGUCCCUGCAGGGAGGAAGCCACCAACGUGACCAAAAUCAUUCACAACAACUAUAAUCAGCUGGAGGCCCGCGUGGCUGCCAUCAAGUCCUUGGGAGAGCUCAACGUCUUUCUGGCCUGGAUCAGCGAGAAUCACCAAGACGGCUCUGCUGCCUGA